AUGUAUGUACGUACUAAACAUGUAUCAUUAAAAAAGGUGGGCCCCUGGGGAUAUAACUGGCCAUCUGCAGCUGUAGUAAUUUUAUCUUAUGUUCAAGAUUUCUAAACAGCUAAUUCAAAAGGUCUCUCAAGUGGCACAGUGAUCCAAUGGGAGCUAGAACACAACUAAAACCCACAAACCAAUUUAGAAACCAGUAUGCAUAAAGCCAUCAUUGAAAAAUUUUCCCUCUCCACUUCCCAUUUUGCCUCUUGGGCAGCAUGUAUGGUCUUUACACACUUGAGGAAGGAGGGAGUAUGGGGUGGGACAAAACACUCAUUUCCCCCAGUCUUAAAUUUAGUUAUCCAGAUUUUAACAUCUUAUUAAAAAAACAAAUAAACACUGAAGGUAAAAUCUCCAGUUGCCCCAUCUAUCAUCGGAGGGGAGCUGAGGGGAGAUGGUUUCCACACCUUGCCUUGGAGUGUCUAUAAGGAAGGAAAUUGUUCUGUCCUUCCAGGGAUCAGUGAGCUUUGACAGGUGUCCUUGCAUUUCGCUGACGACAACUGGGCCCUACGGAGAGCUCUGUACAAGGACGUCAUGGUGGAGGUUCAUGAGAUGGUGGCCUCUCAGGGUAAGGAUCCUUUGCGCCUUCAUUAAUAGUUAUAAUAGGUAUGGGUUCCUCGGAGUGCCUCCCUUCAGCUCCGCUAAAGGAGGUCACAGUGUUUGUUUUUCUCUUAAGUUAAAGGCCAGAAGCCUGGCUGAGAAUAAAUAUUAUUGCUUCUCUGCUACAAUUAGCCAUUGAUGGCUUCUGGGUUGCCUCCUGGGGAGAGCAUUCUUUAGGUGGGGAGCCAGCACUGAAAGACGCAUUCCGUAUUGCCUCUCUUUGCACCUCAAUUGGAGAGGGCACUGUGAGAAGGACCUCUGAUGAUGAGUGCAGGCUCUAGGUGGAUUCAUGAGAAGCAGUCCUUGAGCUACAUAAGUCAAAAUCAGCACCUUGACUUGAAGACAGCAAACCAGAUAUGCUCAGAGCCUCUUGCACCGGUCAGCACUCUGUAGUUUCUGAACGGUCUUCUAAAGCAGCCUGAAGUAUAAUGCAUUGUGGCAAUCUAGCAUGGAGAAUGGUAGAAAAAGCAUACUAAAAAUCUUCUGUGUGGGGGAUCCUAAUUUGUAGAAUACUUGAGUAUCUUGUUAUUGUUAUUGGUUUCUAUUGAUGUAUUGGUUUGUUUGUUGCAUAUAUAGAAUCUUCUGUUUCUUAAUAUUUGAGGUUUGAUUGCAUUUUUAUAUAUGCUGCAAGCCACCCAGAGAGGCUUGGGAAACCCAGCCAGACGGUUGGGAUAUAAAUGAAAUAAAUGCUACUAUUGUUAUUAUUCAUUUUGGUUUUUCAACAAGCUCUGCAGAUCUAGGCUUUUCAAGCUUCUCUGAGUUGCAGUGCUGUAUUAUCAAUGCUCAGGGGUGGCCUCACUUCUGCCCCCACAAUGGGGGCUCAAAAUCCAUAAGGAGCGUACCCCUGCAAGUUGGGUGGGGUGGUCCCCACGAGACCUCCAAGGGGUGCAGACGCCUCCCCCCAUUCACUGGCAAAGAGCCUUUUCAGAUCCUGACAAAGCUGAAUGGUGGAAUGUCUGCCCUCUUGUGGACAUGCCCUUGUUGGGGGAGGAUCCUUUUCGGGACUUGGCUGGAGGGGAGAGGACUCACAGAGCUUUGCUGCCCAUCCCACUUCAGCCCUGGAGGCCGGGGAGACUAGCAGCAAAGCUGAGCAGUGACGCCCCUUUGGGGGUGACACCUGAGACAGCCACCUCACACAGGCCCAUAGGCAGGCAGGCUCUGUUGAUGUUAUUGCCUGCUGGUUUAAAUUGUGUUAUUUAUGGCUUGGUUAAUCUUAGGGGCUGCUCACCAGAACUUUUCUGAUACAAAUAACUGGUGAUAUUUUAUUAAAACCAGGUAUCACAUCAUUGUUUUAAUGUAAAACGCCGUUAACAUAGUGACAGGCCUUGAGUUUUGAUAAGGAAACAGCUGUAUCAACCUUUAUUUUAAUUUUUUUAUUCCAUCAGGAGAUGUUUGGGGGGUCCUGGAUGAGGAGGAACCACCAGAAGCCUGGCCAGAAAGAGGUGAGGCGCAAGAGAACGAAAGGAAGUUGGGGGUUCAAGAUGGAGCCAACAAACAAGAGAGGAGAGAAACAGUGAAGCCAAGGGAUGAACACAGUGUUUCCCAAGAAGAUGAAAAUCAACUUAACAGGGUGGAGAAAAAACAUGAAUGUACUGUGUGCGGAAAGAGAUUCUGUAGUCGCUCAGCCCUUGCUACACAUCAAAGCGUACACUCAGGUGAAAAACCUUAUGAAUGCAUGGAGUGUGGAAAGAGAUUCAGAAACAGUGGCCAACUUAAUAUGCAUCAGAUAACUCAUACAGGGGAGAAGCCUUAUGAAUGCAUGGAGUGUGGAAAGAGCUUCAGUGCCAGAAGCAACCUUAUUAGACAUCAAAUAACUCAUACAGGGGAGAAACCUUAUGAAUGCAUGGAGUGUGGAAAGAGAUUCAGUUACAGUGGCCAACUUAAUGUGCAUCAAAGAACUCAUAUAGGGGAGAAACCUUAUGAAUGCAUGGAGUGUGGAAAGAGCUUCAGAAACAGUGGCCAACUUAAUGUGCAUCAGAUAACUCAUACAGGGGAGAAACCUUAUGAAUGCAUGGAGUGUGGAAAAUGCUUCAGAUCCAGUAGCUACCUUACUUUGCAUCAAAGAACUCAUACAGGGGAGAAACCUUAUAAAUGCUGGGAAUGUGGAAAGAGUUUCUUUGACAGUAGUACCCUUACUAAACAUCAAAGAACUCACACAGGGGAAAAACCAUAUAAAUGCAUGGAGUGUGGAAAGAGCUUCAAUCAGAGUGCCUCCCUUAAUGUGCAUCGACGACUUCAUACAGGUGAAAAACCUUAUAAAUGCAUGGAGUGUGGAAAGAGCUUCAGUGACUCUAGCACCCUUCAUGCACAUAGGAGAAUUCACACAGGGGACAAACCAUAUAAAUGUUUGCAGUGUGGAAAGAGCUACUGCCGCAGUCAUCACCUUUCUCGACACCGGAUAACUCAUUCAGGAGACUAA